UUAUUUGAAGAGGUGUGUAACUAGAAUGUUUGGGCUUCAAAAUUUAGUUGAAUCUUUUACUUAAUCGAUUGUGAGCACUUUUUUGCUUUCAAAUUAUCUGUAGCUGUAGAAAAGCAAUAAUCAACCGCCAUGGGAAACGAUCGAAAAUCUAAGAGAAAAAAUUAUUCUUCGCAAUCCGAAUCCGAAGAUGAAAAGAAAAGCAAGAGGAAGAGAACGGUAGAUGAUGAGGAAAGGAAGAACAGGAAGAGGGAAAAGAAAGAUAAAAAGAAGGAUAAGAAGCAUUCCAGAGAUAAAUCUGACAAGGAGAAGUCAAAAGACAAGCACAAAAGUAAACGCAGCAAAGGUGAAGUUAACGUGGACUUUCAAGAAUUGUCUGGUGAUGAUUAUUUUGCUAAGAACAAUGAGUUUGCUACCUGGCUGAAAGAAGAGAAGAAUGUGUUUUUCUCUGAUCUGUUAUCCGAGUCAGCACGUGAGUUGUUUGCAGAGUUUGUGAAAGCUUGGAAUAGAGGAAAGCUUGAAUCAAUUUACUAUGAAGGCAUUGCAACUGCGCCUCGCACAGCCCAUAACUGGAAAAUCAAAAAGUAGAUUUGAAGAAAGAUGAGUCAUUUGGAUCCAAUCACUAUAGACCCUUUGUUUAGAUUUCAUUUCUAAUAGUAACUAACAACUGACUUGAACUCAGUAAGUAUAGAUGUUUCUUAUCUAUAUAAAUCGCAUAGUUCACACUUGCAUCAAUCUUGAGUGUCUGUUGUUCAUGGCGGAAAAAAGAAAGUGUAAAGAGCAGAGAACAGAUGGAGUUGAAACAAAAGAAAGUAUAACAACUGAUUCGAGUUAUACUUUUGCAGAGUGACGGAUAGGCAUAUCGCUUUCCCUUGUGUUUAUGUGAAUCAAUAUGACUGAUUUUGUGAC